AUGUUCGAUGUGUAUAGGUAUCACAUUAAUUUCUAUAAACAAGUUGUCAAAAGGAUUUGUGAUUGCAAGAUUGCAAGAAACAUUUGUGAGCUGUUCAUUGCUCUGAUUAAAGACCAAAUCCAUAAAAACCUCCACGCCUUCACACACCAUUCUUUACUUUCCACUCUUCACGCCCCUGGGCCCUGCCUUGCAUGCCUAGAUUUCAAUUCCAAGGCCAUGGAAGAUGAAAGAGGGAGUUUCCUGGCAAAGAACAAGGAGGAGCACUUAGCACUUGAUGGAACAACAGAAUUGAAGAUCUUCAGAUCAUACCUUAGAUGGGUUUACGUAGAUCACUCCAACUUUUUCAAAGCUGGUUUCUCUUGGUCCGUGUUCUUCACCUUGGCCUUUGUAGUGCCCAUACUUUCACACUUGCUACUUGAUUGUCCCACCUGCGACCAAGACCAUAGUCGACCGUACCACAUACCAGUGCAGAUUUCUCUCUCCAUCUUCGCUUCCCUCUCUUUCAUCAGUAUUUCUUCGUGGGAUCGUAAAUAUGGCCUCGGCAAGUUUCUCUUCCUUGAUAAAUUAGGUGAUGAAAGCCUCAAGAUUCAACGGGGGUACUCAGAACAGAUGCAGGGAACCAUGAAGCUCAUAUUGCAGUGGGGGCUUCCCUGUUUUAUAGCAGAAUGUGCCUACAAGAUAUGGUGGUACGUCUCAGGAGCAUCACAAAUACCACAUUAUGGUAAUAUAUACGUGAGCAGCAUCAUUCUGUGCACAUUGGAGCUAUGUUCUUGGCUUUAUAGAACCUCCAUUUUCUUCCUGGUGUGUGUUCUCUUUCGACUUAUCUGCUACUUGCAAAUACUCAGGCUAGAUGAGUUUGCUCGAGUUUUUCAUCGAGAAACUGAGGUGGGAUCAAUCUUGCUGGAGCACCUGAAAAUGAGAAGGAAUCUUCGGAUCAUAAGCCAUCGUUUCCGAAGUUUCAUUCUAUCUUCUCUGCUUUUGGUGACAGCAAGCCAACUCAUUUCUCUGCUAAUGGUUACAAAACCCCAUGCUGAUGUUGAUAUCCUCAAGGCUGGAGAGCUUGCGCAAAUAGAAUGUAAUAGUUUGGGUUCAAUGUUACAGUUGGUGUCCAUCACCCUGGUGAGUGGACUUUUCUUACUCUUGCGAGGCGCAACCAAGAUCACACAUAAAGCACACUCCGUUACAGGCCUUGCAGCUAAGUGGCAUAUAUGUGCUACCAUAAACUCAUUUGACAACAUUGAAGGAGAGACGCCAACAACUGCACAUGCAAUUUCAGCCCAAGCUAUUGCUGCCAAUAUUAGUUGGGGAUCAUCCGAUGAUGAGGUAGGAGAUGAGGAAGAUGAGUUGGAUAACACCAAAUUGGUGCCAAUUUACACCCAAACUAUCUCAUUCCACAAGAGGCAGGCUCUAGGUAAGUGA